AUGCAGGAGGCCGUAGGGGUCUUGCAGCAGCUCGUGGACUGCGACGAGGACAUGCUCGCCAUGCUCCUCACAGAAAAAGCCGCGUUGCAGAAGGAGAAGGCACGCGUCUCCAGCCAAGCGGCCCGACUGGACCUCAAUCUGCACUCGGACGUGGAGCUCCUGUUGGAAAACUACCUUCGGGAGUUGAUUCUCACGGGGCAGCAGAUCAAGAUGCUGCAGGCACGGGUUCAGAGCGCGCAGGAGGUGUUCUCCAUCAACGUGGAUCUGAUGCGGAACCGUGUGCUUCGUAUCACGCUGCUCCUGACCAUCCUCAGCACCAGCCUCGCCUCCGCCGCCACCAUUGGCGCCUUUUUUGGCAUGAACGUCCGGCUGCCCGAGUCCCUCGAAACCCAUCCGGAGGCCUUUGCCUGGAUCACGGUCGGCUCCAUCUGCCUGGGGGCAGGUCUCUUCGCUUUGGCCGUCGCCUUUGCCAGGGGGCACGGGAAGGAUCGGGUCCGUCGAGACCUCCAGUCCGUGGCGGCCUUCCAAUCCAUUUUCAAGCACAUCCGUUCCGUCAGUCAAGCCAUCUACCAGACAUCUCUAGACCCGAAAGAGGUGGCCAUGGGGAAAACGAAGGAGUCCCGCGCCUACUUUCGGAAGAUGCUCAGCGCGCAUCGGAACUACGAGGUGUCGUGGGAGGAGGUGGACGUCUUGAUGGACGUCCUCGGGGCCUCGGCCGACCAAUUCCGGCAACAACAGAAGUACAGCGACGAGACGAGCGAGGCGACCAUCUAUCGGAAGCUCUUCGAGUCCCUGGCCGCGCAGGAGAGGCAGGAGACGCCGGGGGACGAGGAUUUCGAGGCAGCGGGGAGAGAGGCGCGUGAUCGGGUGGCGGAGGCCAGGAGAGAGAGGCCGCCGGUCUGA